GACCAAGUCUAGAUGCGGCCCAUUUAGCCCAAGUUUCGGCCCAACAAGGUACGUGGCGUCAAUGCCAAUGACCGUGUUGGUUGAUUCUUCCCGUUUACGGUUAAUUAUUUUCAGUAAUCUUUGAAGGAAGCAAAAAACAGUUACAGUUAUUCAGCGAGCGCAACCCUCCAUGAAGCAAGGACUCAGAAAAGUUAGUGAGCAACGUAGCAAUGUCUUUUACCAAAAUCUCAAAAUUUCGCGCUUGGGGAAAUCGGGUCGGCUCGAGGAAGCCAUCAAAGUUUUCACUCUAAUGGACCAAAAGAACACUGUAACGUACAAUUCCAUGAUCUCUGCGUAUGCCAAGAAUGGAAGAAUCAAUGAUGCACGCCACCUGUUUGAUCAGAUGACGAACAGGAACUUGGUUUCCUGGAACUCAAUGCUCGCUGGGUAUUUACACAAUGACAAGGUUGAGGAAGCUCAUGACCUGUUUGAUAAAAUGCCCAAAAGAGACCCGUUUUCGUGGACUCUUAUGAUUUCUUGUUAUAUGCGGACUGGAAAACUUGACAGGGCUAGAGCACUGUUUGAUUUACUUCCUGAUAAGACAGAUACGGCAUGUUGGAAUGCUAUGAUUGCAGGUUAUGCGAAGAAAUGUAGGUUUGCAGAGGCUAAGAGCUUGUUGAAUGAAAUGCCAGGUAAGAAUUUAGUGUCAUGGAAUUCAAUACUGACGGGGUAUACCCAAAAUGGAGAAAUGGUUUUGGGGUCCCAGUUUUUUGAGGAGAUGCCCGAACGUGAUUUAGUUUCGUGGAAUCUGAUGGUGGCUGGGUUUGUGGACGUAGGUGCUUUAGAUUCCGCUUGGGAAUAUUUCCAAAGAAUUCCAAACCCUAAUGUUGUUUCAUGGGUAACAAUGUUAUGUGGGUUUGCACGAAUUGGUAGGCUAGUUGAAGCUAGGAGACUCUUUGAUGAGAUGCCAUGUAGGAAUAUUGUUUCAUGGAAUGCAAUGAUCGCUGCCUAUGUUCAGAGCUUGCAAAUUGAUGAGGCUGCUAGCCUAUUCAUGCAGAUGCCUGAGAGGGACUCAGUGUCAUGGACUACAAUUAUUAAUGGGUAUGUUCGUGUUGGUAAGCUUGAUAAAGCCAGGAAAUAUCUAGAUGAAAUGCCUUACAAGAAUAUUGGUGCCCAAACUGCAAUGAUCUGUGGAUAUGUACAAAAUAACAGAAUGGAAGAAGCUAGUAAAAUCUUCCAUCGUAUGGGCACCCGUGAUAUUGUUUGUUGGAAUACCAUGAUUGCAGGUUAUACACAAUGUGGAAGGAUGAAUGAAGCUGCCAAUCUCUUCUAUAAAAUGGUUGAGAAGGACAUAGUUUCUUGGAAUACAAUGAUUGUUGGUUAUGCCCAAGCAGGACAAAUGGACAAAGCAUUGAAGAUCUUUAAGGAGAUGAGCGAGAGAAACGUGGUUUCUUGGAAUUCAUUAAUUACUGGUUUUGUGCAAAAUGGGCUAUAUUUUGAUGCAUUGAAAAGUUUUGUGUUGAUGGGGCAGGAAGGAAAGAAACCUGACCAGUUAACAUUUUCUUGCGGAUUAAGCGCUUGUGCCAAUCUUGCAGCUUUGCAAGUUGGGAAGCAACUUCACCAUCUGGCUUUUAAAGUUGGUUAUUCAAACAAUUUGUUUGUCAGCAAUGCGUUGAUCACCAUGUAUGCUAAAUGCGGUAGGAUCUUGGAUGCCAAGGCUGUGUUCAAAGGGAUUGAUCUUGCUGAUGUUGUUACUUGGAACUCUCUGAUUGCAGGCUAUGCUUUAAAUGGGUGUGGAAAAGAGGCAGUAAAACUCUUUGAGGAGAUGGUAUCAGAAAGGGUUUCUCCAGAUGAAGUCACCUUCAUUGGAGUUCUUACUGCAUGCAGUCAUGUUGGCCUUGUUGAGCAGGGUUUAGAACUGUUUAAAUGCAUGGUGCACGUGCACAAUAUAGAACCUUUAGCCGAACACUAUGCUUGUGUGAUUGACUUGCUUGGCCGUGCGGGGAGGGUGGAUGAAGCCUUUGAAAUGGUGAGAGGGAUGAAGGUGAAGGCACAUGCUGGAAUAUGGAGUGCACUGCUUUGGGCCUGCCAAUUGCAUCAGAAACCAGAACUUGGUGAAAUUGCUUCUGAGAAGCUUUUGGAAUUACAACCUGAUAGAUCUUCUAAUCAUGUGCUCUUGUCGAACAUGCAUGCAGAGGUAGGCAGAUGGGAUGACGUGGAGAAGAUAAGGGGGUUCAUGAAAGAGAGUGGAGCACAGAAGCAACCCGGCUGCAGCUGGAUUGAAAUUCAAAAUGAGGUACAUGCUUUUGUCUCCAAUGAUCCAAUGCUGCGUACAACAGAUGGGAUCUGCAGUACAUCAAAAACUCUAACUGCACAAAUUAAAAAUACAGGUCAGAAGUUUGACAUUCAGGCUCAACUUCUCGAAAGUUUAUGAUUAAAACCCGCUUGUCAUUCACUCUAGGGCAUUAAGGGAUUUAUUUCUUCAACCUUUUGUGAAAAUAGAAUUGUUUUUUGGUUACAAUCUCUUUUGAGCGUAAAAAGUAUUUAUUCUCCAAAUUUUUUAUCCGUUUAAUGCAAUUAGUCACUGCUUAUGUGUUAAUCUACUUCUGCAAUUGACACACAGCAAUCACACCUUUGUCAUAUAGACUUCCAAUUU